AUGAGCUCAAAGCUUCACUCAGUAUUCUCCCCUUCGCGGCUCGUCCCAGCGAACGAGAAUUCACCUCAGCUGAGGCUUCCACAGAACCUUGUAGCUACCUUCCUCCUCUCUGACUCUGACGAAGAAAGCGGUAGCGUCAAGCAGGAGAAGUCGUCAGCACGAGGGCCUCGCCUGCAGGAAACGAGCUCCACGAACAGCCUAGCGCCUCAACAUUUGACGACUGAAAUCAAGGCCGCCUGCUCGGCGGCCGCAGCGGUUAGACCCGAUGUCACAGCCAAGAAGAGUGGCGCAAAGCCGUCAUCCAGAGUGGCCCACGUUUAUGGGAAAGCCUCCACAACGCGGACGCUACACCUGAGGACAACCAGCAGCGACGGCGACAUAAUCACACAUUGUUUUAAUUGGAAUACGAGUGACCCCAUCACGUCGUCUGCCGAGGACGGUAUCCCGAGACCAGACUCCCCUACCAUAUGA